CGCACCUAAAUCCGAUCAAAAAGGAGCAUAUGCCAUUCUUUGUCUGACGCGGUUAUUGCAGUGACCAUGGAAGUGAUGCAGACCAAGGCAUGGAUGACAGGUGGACCACGGGCCGUCAAGGAAAGUGCGCUGUCCCGCCUUCAUAGGAUGGGCUGGGAAGAUGUACGACCCGCGUUGUCAACGACGAUUAGAGGCUGGAUUAUGCGAGGUUUUGUCGAGAGCUGUGUGCGAGGAAAUCAUGCCCUGGGGCUCGAAUUUCUCGGGUGUGCUCUGGAAGUCCUUGAGUGGGGACGGACAGAGUGGGCUGGAGUCCCAGACGAUAAGAGGGGUGCUAUAUUCCACAACGCAUUCAUCCGUGGUGUCCGAUGCAUGCGUCUUAAAGUGCUUGGGGUCGACUAUCGGGCAGGCCUGAGCGAUAGGUCAAGGGACGAUUCACUGGGUAAAUUAAGAGAGAUACUGGCGGAAUCAGACGCCAUCCUUGACGAUGGCGAGGUACAAUCCCUGCAGGCUAACGUCGUAUAUGAGCCAGGGUCCAUAUUGUCCUUCAUUAUUUACCCUCGCGGCCGUGCAUUGGCGAUGAAAGGGUUCUACUACAAACAGAUGGUCUUGUCCAAGACGUUGCGAACUGCACAAGAGGUCGAGGAUCACUUUCGCAAUGCUGCGAAGUACUAUCUCCAGGCAGCUGAGACGUUUUCAGAAGAUGAUGAACAGCAUACUUGGUAUUUGUACGCCGCGCUGGAAAACCUUUUCAAAGCUGGAACGCCCAUUAAAGCCACCCUUCCUAUCAUGAAACGUAUCGGCCUUUCGAUGGAUAAGAUGAAGCGAAUAUGGGAGUAUUCCGCCAUGGCAAUGGGAUGCCGCGACAAGACCCUAGAGAGGGCUAUUCGGAUGCAACGGGACGUCGUGAAAGGUAUGCGCGAGGGCAGAUACACGAUGGAGGACAAGGUCAUGCCGCAUCCUCCAUGGGACUAUAAUAUUGCAGCCGAUCCAUGAGAACACUGUAGACCGCGAUUCGCAUAGGGACCGGCACGCUUAACACCAAAAGCCCUAUCGUACAUGUACAUGUUUUAAGAUGACAUAGCUAUGGUUCCUAACUCCAUGGAUAAGUAGCGACAUACAUAUCGUACACUCCCCCCUGCGGCAAGGGUGGUCAGAAACCGAUUCGUCCAUUUCCAACCUGAUGUCCUGUUACAUAGCGUGGCCCACACCGUUACCAUUCGGGAGCCUGCUCCCGAGCGUCUGCCGGAGUAAUAAUUCAACCCUCUCCCGUUCGUCAGUCAAACGCCUCAUCUCUUCCCGCCACCUAGCCUCCCUCUGCUCAUAAAUAUUCCCCAGGGCGCCGAGGCUACCCAAGGCGGCCUCAAGGGCACGCUUCAGAUCUUCUUCCCGGGAGCUGGAGCUUACGUCGG